AUGGGUCUCACCCUCUCUCGCAUCGGGUCGGACCCAUACUACGCAAACUACGAAAAGAGUCUGGCACGAAUCCAAAAGGAUGUCAUCAAGCUGAAGGCCCAGCUCGAGGCCCGGCGUGCCGUGAGUGCACACAUCCGUUCUCGCUUUCUUGGCGGCUUUGCGGCCGUGUAUGUGGUCAUCCUGGCCUACGCCGCCUGGGUGGCACGCGCCCCGCCCGCCACAUACACAUACCGGCAGCACCUCACGCUUGUGGCGCCUGCCCUGUAUGCCCCGCCCGCGGCCUGGCUUCUCUACCGCCUCCUGAGCGCGAUACUCCAAGCCCUGGACUCCUACUCUGCACGGAAAGUGGCUCUCCUGGACUCCAAGCUGCGGAAAAUGGUCGCGGAACUCAAGGAGUCCUCGCGGUAUGAACGCACUCUGGCCCUGCUCAAGAAGUAUGACCCCGAGUACAAGCCGCCCCUGCCUACGCCUGCGCCAAGGCCUGCUGCCCCAGCGGGCAGGGCGCCCGGGGUCCAGGGGCCACGGGCCCCCCCGCAGCCUCAGCCGGCGGCGGGGCCCAAGGUCGUACCGGCCCUCACGCAACUCUGGACACGCGCCGCCGACAGGCUCAUAGCGGACGACCCGGUGGCGCUGCGCCUGCUGCAGGAAGCGCAACGCGAGGCCGCCGAGCUGCGCGCCGCGCUCGUGGCGUCGGAGACAGAGACGCUGCGCCUCCAGGCCCAGAAUCGGCACCUGCUCACGGAAUUGGGGGUGGACAUGGGUUCUGACGUGACAGGCCACCAGCCCCAGCCAGCGGAGGCCGGGGUGGUAGAAGGCAACGCCAUGCCUGCUGGAGGCGAGCCGGCAGUGGCGGCCGGUGAGACAGCGUUAGAUACAGUCGCAGCGUCCGGGAACGGAAAGACGGGGGCGGCAGGCAGCUGUGAUCCGACACUCAAGGAGCCGGUCACGGAACGACCCAGGUCCCCUGCGCGGAAGCGCCUGGUCUAG